AUCCAGAGACUAGUGUUGUUGGCACCGGCCCUAUGUCAGAAUAUGAUAUCGCUGGGAAGAAACGGUUCACUGCUCCUUAUGUGACCUAUCUCAAUAAAGAUCCAGCAGCUCCCUGCUCCUUGACAGAGGCCCUGGAGCACUUCCAAGUGGAGAGCCUUGAUGAAAUCAUCCCUAAUGACUUCAGACAGAAAGAUCAGCGUCCCCUGAGAGCCCCUCACAACAUCACUGUUGUGGCAGUUGAAGGCUGUCACUCCUUUGUCAUUGUGGACUGGGCCAAACCUGCUCAAGGAGACAUGGUAACAGGCUACCUGGUUUACAGUGCAUCCUAUGAUGACUUUUUAAAGAAUAAGUGGUCAACCAGGACAGCAGGGUCUACUCAUUUGCCAAUUGAGAACCUGAAGCCCAACACAAGGUAUUAUUUUAAAGUCCAAGCAAAGAAUCCCUUUGGUUAUGGACCCGUUAGCUCUUCAGUCUCAUUUAUCACAGAAUCUGACAAUCCCCUCCUCAUUGUCAGACCACCUGGUGGUGAGCCUAUCUGGAUCCCAUUCACUUUUAAAUAUGACCCGACCUACUCAGACUGCACUGGCAAGCAGUACGUGAAACGAACUUGGUACCGCAAGUUUGUAGGAGUGGUGCUUUGCAACUCCUUAAGGUACAAGAUUUACCUCAGUGAUGAUCUGAAAGACACCUUCUACAGUAUUGGGGAUAGCUGGGGUAGAGGUGAGGACCACUGCCAGUUUGUGGAUUCACACCUGGAUGGAAGAACGGGACCUCAGUCAUACAUUGAAGCCCUGCCCACCAUCCAAGGGUAUUACCGCCAGUACCGCCAGGAGCCAGUAUCAUUUGGACGCAUUGGAUACACAACUCCCUACUACUAUGUGGGCUGGUAUGAGUGUGGCGUGCCCAUCCCAGGGAAAUGGUAGCAGUCUGCUUUCCUGUCUUAGGCCAACCAUGCUUUUCAAAUUAUUUCUACCAGAGGACUGUGAACAACUGAUUUGGAAAAGAAAAAACAAAAAAAGAUAAAUGGGGAAAACCAGCUGCUCAAGAAACCCUCGUGAAGCCAAACAUGGACAUUCUUUACCAGCCUAAAUCUAUGGUGCUGCUUGAUUUCUGCUUGGAAGCAGGGAUAAGAUAUAAGUUGGUGUCCUACCUUCCUCCUCUGUGUCUUUAAGGCACAAAGAGAUGGUUGCAAUGUGUGCAACCUGUGAAAACUAGAACUGUAUUGGCCAUGAAAAUUUGGAAGCUUCUUAUAUCUUGCAGGAA